GUUGCGGCGCGUCCCUUCUGGCGACCCGUCCCCGCCUCCCCGCUCGCCGUAGCGCAGCCGGAAGUGCGCUCCGUACGCGGCCCUUGGAGCCGUGAAGAUGCUGGGGGCAUGGCGGGCCGCGCCGCGGCUACGGCUCCGCGCCCGCUUCGGACCUGCAUGCGGUUGGGCGCGCCCGGCCGCCUCGGAGGCCGACAGCCGGCAGCCUGCGGAGGAGAGCCGGCAGGGCUCGCAGUACCGGGACACGGUGCUGCUGCCGCACAGUCGCUUUGCCGCCCAGCUGCCGGGCCGGCUGCAGCCCGACACCGAGCUGGAGAUACAGCAGAAAAGUGGUUUCUUGGAGCUGUACUCGUGGCAAAGGCAAAGGAAAGCCAAGCAGGAGUUCUGUCUUCAUGACGGACCGCCGUAUGCCAAUGGAGACCCUCACGUUGGCCAUGCUUUAAAUAAAAUUUUGAAAGACAUCACUAAUCGUUUCCACAUGAUGAGAGGCUAUAAAGUGCAUUAUGUGCCAGGAUGGGAUUGUCAUGGAUUGCCAAUUGAAUUGAAAGCAUUGUCAGAAGUGAAAGGAGCUGAAAAUCUGUCACCAGUGGAAAUUAGACAAAAAGCUAAAGAAUUUGCAGAAAGAGCCAUUGAGAAACAGAAAGCUGCCUUCAUUCGUUGGGGCAUCAUGGCAGAUUGGGCCAACUGCUAUUGUACGUUUGAUCCAAAGUAUGAAGCUAACCAGCUGAGAGUCUUCCACAAAAUGUAUGAUAAGGGUUUCAUUUAUCAGGACUACAAACCUGUGUUUUGGUCUCCUUCAGCAAAAACAGCGUUGGCUGAAGCAGAGCUUGAAUACAAUGAGCAGCAUGUCAGUCGUUCUGUGUACAUGAAAUUUCCCCUGUUGAAAUCACCACCUAAGCUGGCCUCUGUGAUAGAUGGAUCAUCCCCUACCAGUGUGCUGGUCUGGACCACACAACCUUGGACUGUGCCUGCAAAUCAAGCAGUUUGCUACAUGCCAGAUGCAGAAUAUUCAGUUGUGAAGUGUGCAACUACUGGUGAACACUUAAUUCUAGCUGCAGAUAGAGUUGAAUCUACAGCGGCUGUUUUGGACACACAGUUUGAGGUUAUAUCAACGUGUAAAGGUGUAGAUUUAGCUGAUGGUUCCUGUGCUCAUCCCACAAUUCCUGGCAGAGUAUCUCCUCUGUUACCUGCAAAUCAUGUGACAAUGGCAAAAGGAACGGGAUUAGUUCACACAGCCCCAGCUCAUGGUAUGGAAGACUACAGUGUAGCUUCUCACCAUCAGCUACCCACGGAAUGUCUUGUGGAUGAAAGUGGGCGUUUUACUGAAGCUGCAGGUCCUGAACUUAAAAACAAGAAUGUACUUGAAGAAGGAAAUGAAGCUGUCAUUAAGAUGCUUCAGGCAGCAGGGAGUUUGUUAAAAGAGGAGAAAUAUGUGCAUAGCUACCCAUAUGACUGGAGGACUAAAAAACCAAUGAUUAUUCGUGCCAGCAAGCAGUGGUUUGUAAACACAACAAAUGUAAAGGCUACAGCACAGGAAGUGCUAAAAAAAGUGAAAAUUAUUCCUACAUCUGCAGUGAGCAGAAUGCUUGAAAUGCUGGACAGAAGGACAUUUUGGUGUAUAUCACGACAAAGAUGUUGGGGUGUUCCUAUUCCUGUUUUUUAUCAGAAGGACACGGGAGAAAGCCUGAUAAACAGUGAAACAAUCACAGAUAUCAUCAAAAUAGUGGAGCAGCAAGGAACAGAUGCAUGGUGGACCCUUCCUAUUGAACAGCUAUUAUCAAAAGAGGCUGUAGCAAAGGCUGGUGGUCAUGAUGUUUUGGAUUAUGUCAAGGGGCAGGAUGUCCUGGACAUCUGGUUCGAUAGUGGAACUUCCUGGGCUCAUGUUUUGGAAGGCACAGAGCAAAGAGCAGAUGUAUACCUUGAGGGAAAAGACCAACUGGGAGGCUGGUUUCAAUCUUCUCUAUUGACAAGUGUGGCAACAAGGAAAAAAGCACCAUACAAGACUCUGGUAGUUCACGGAUUUACUCUUGGUGAGAAAGGAGAAAAGAUGUCCAAAUCCAUUGGCAAUGUGGUUGACCCUGAUGUGGUAAUCAAUGGAGGUGAUGAUCACACCAAGGACCCCCCGUACGGUGCCGAUGUUCUCCGCUGGUGGGUGGCUGAAUCCAAUGUUUUUACUGAGGUGCUGAUUGGGCCCGUGGUACUUAAUGCUGCCAGAGAUGACAUCAACAAGCUUCGGAAUACACUACGGUUCAUGCUGGGAAACAUGGCUGGCUUCAAUCCAGAAACAGAUUCCAUCCCUCCCUCAGAGAUGUACAUAGUAGACCAAUACAUGCUGCAUUUAUUGCAAGACUACGGCAGCAAGGUUACAGCAGCAUACAAAGAAUACGAUUACAGCAAAGUUGUGCGAUUGUUGCAAGCAUUCUGUUCCAGAAACUUGUCUAACUUUUAUUUCAGUGUAAUCAAGGACAGGCUCUACUGCGAAGAAGAAAAAGAUCCUAAGCGUCGUUCGUGCCAAACUGUGCUAGCAGAGGCAUUAGAUGCAGUAGUUCGAUCCUUUGCACCAAUUCUUCCUCACUUAGCAGAGGAGGUUUUCCAGCACCUCCCUUACACGAAAGACUCAGAGGGUGUGUUUCGUACUGGCUGGAUUAACACAAGCUCAGGGUGGAAGAAACCUGGGAUUGAGGAAGCAAUAGAAGGUGCAUGUGCAAUGAGAGAUUCUUUCCUUGGCUCCAUCUCUGGCAAGAAUCCUUUGGAAUAUGAAGUCAUCAUUGUAAUUGAGCCUGGAUUGCUAUUUGAAUUAAUGGAGGCACUACAGGCUGAAGAAUCUUCAAGAGUGUCACAGCUGAAUGAAAUAAUGAUGGCUUCUCAAACAACUCUGUUGAGUGAGAUACCUAAAGAAACACCUGCAGAUGCAAACAUUGUCACAGGGAACUUUUUGAUUAACUUAGAAGGUGGAGAUAUCCGUGAAGAAUCUUCAUAUAAAGUCAUAGCCCUACCCACUGCCAAAGCAAAAUGCCCUCGCUGCAGGAGGUACACUUCAGAUUCCACAAGCACUCCUUGCCCCCGCUGCCUCAAAGUCAUUGCUGGAAAAGGAAGCACAUGAGGAUCAAGUGCCUACGUGCAGGCUGCUCUUAACAUACUAAAUAAUUGAAAGUUGUAAAAGCAGUGGUCAGGCAACAGGUCUUGGAACCUUGAAACCUCAGAAGCGCUGCUGCUGAACCCCCAGCUGGAGCAGAAUUUAUGUGCUUUGGGUGGAACUAUAUGUAUAUAUUCAACUGUAUAUGAAUUUUCUGCUUAAUAAAAAUGAUGGUUCAAGAAAACUGAU